GCAUUUUGCCUCCAUCUUCGCUUUCACAUCCUUUCUUACAUCCUCUCCUUGAGUAAUUACAGCCUCAGCCACGCUAUACUUCCUUUAAAAACGACUCGUCAUCCUCCUUUUGCUUUAAUCUUUUAUCCAUACUAUCAUGUCCACCUACGUUCAGCCCGUUGCCCCUACUGAAGGCCGUCUCGGCCACCUGACCCCUGAGCAGACUGAGAAGCUCCAGCAAUUCUGGGUUCGUAUCUUUGACAUCAUUGAUGGCAAGGUCCAAUUCGAUCAAACUGCCCCUUCCUCCUUCAAGGGUCAGGCUCGCGAUGAGGAUGCUGCCGCCCCUGCCCCUGAGAAGAAGUCUGGCUGGUUCGGCCGCGGCAAGAGUGCUGCUCCCGCUGCUGAGGCCGCCAAGGAGGCUCCCGCUCCUCGCUUCACUGGUGAAGACAUCAGGACGGCCCUCUGGAAGGUAGUCAUGAUGGACCACCCUGACUUGCUCAUCUUGAAGUUCAUUCGCGCUCGCAAGUGGAACUUGGAUGAUGCCUUGAAGAUGAUGUUGAAUGCUUUGAAGUGGCGCAUUGCUGAGCGCAUCGAUGAGUUGAUCGAGCUCUCUGACGAGGAGUUGGACCAGAAGUACCCCAAGUUCAUUGAGCAGAUGCGUCUCGGAAAGGGCUACCUCCGUGGUGCUGAUCCCCUCAACCGCCCCAUGUCUGUCGUUAACACUCGUCUCCACCACAAGAACGAUCAGCCCGCAGAGACCAUCCAUCGCUUCACUCUCUACACCAUGGAGUGCGGUCGUCUGCUCCUUGGACCCAGUGCAGAGACUGUCAUUGUCAUUUUCGAUCUCUCCAACUUUGGUCUUGACAACAUGGACUGGGGUUUCGUCCGCCUGUUUGUUCAGUGCUUCGAAUCUUACUAUCCCGAGACCUUGGGAGUCUGCGUUGUCCACCGCGCUCCUUUCGUCUUCUGGGGUCUCUGGAAGUUGAUCCAGCCCUUGCUCGACCCCGUUGUCGCCUCCAAGUUCGUCUUCACCCGUAACAAUGCAGAGUUGCACAAGGUCAUUCCUCGUGAGCGUCUUCCCAUCACUCACUACGACGGUCUCGAUGACUGGACUUACCAAUACGUCCCUGCCGCCCCUGGCGAGAACGCCCCAAUGAAGGAUGAGGUCAAGAAGGCUGAGUUGCUCAAGGAGCGUCAUGACUUGGAGGCCAGAUUCGAGGCCGUUACACGUGCCUGGGUCAGCAACAUCAAUGGCCAGAACUCUCCUGAGCGUGACGAGAUUGCUCGCCAGUUGAGGGAACAGUACACUCGCUUGACUCCCUAUGUUCGUGCCAAGAACUUGUACCAGCGCUGGGGUGUUGCCCACGAUGGUCAGGUCAACUGGACCUACAAUGUCAAGGCUUAAAAGAGAGGAAAGAAGAGAGGAAGAAAAAAAGCCGACAUCAGGAAUGCAGGACGUUCCAAGCAGAGGAUAG